AUGGACACCUACGCUUGGUGGUACACCGACAUGACGGACGACAACAACAGCUCGCGUCCCUCGGCAGCUCAGUUGCAGCAGUUGAAGGACCAGGGCUACUCGCCCACCGUUCACAAGGGUCCUCGGCACUACCUCACUGGCGAGACCGACUAUGCAACUUGGGUAGCUGACAAGCGGUCGUCUCUGGAUGACACUGAAGAGCACGAGGACGACCAUUGGCCGGCCCCCGACCCCGGCACACUCUCCGCGUUCAGUCAGCGCUCCAAAGAAGAGAAAGAGACGGUCUACAAGUUCUUUCCGGCGAAAAUCAUCUUCAACGGCGAGUCCAUGAGCUUGUAUGGGGUCUUCCAAUUCGACCUGACGGCUCAAGAAGUCCAGGAGAUCGUCGAUCUUACUCGCCGCUUUGAGAGCGAGGGCUGGUUCGAUGCAAAGCUCCCGUGGGACUACGAGAAGAAGCUCGUCGUCAACUCGCUGAAGUUCGACUUCAACUUUUCAAACGCGGUGCAAGAGGCGGUCUUCUACGAUAUCUACAAGGGCGACAUCAAAGCCGCGGGCUUCAUUGGAUGCUUUCCCUACGACCGCAUCGACACGCAGUAUCGCGAGAAGACUCGGAUCGACGGAAAGCAUCCGAAAGACUAA